AUGGCGGCUAUCGAUCAUGCUGCUUAUAGCGAUGAAAUGCCAGUAGACAUCGCUACCACUCUACCUCAAAACUCCGGCCAGAAAGCUCUCAAAGAUGUCACCUUUGGCUCGAUUGCUGGUAUAGCCGGCAAAUGCAUCGAGUACCCAUUUGACACGAUCAAAGUUCGUCUGCAGUCCCAACCUCACGGCGUCCCGCUCCGUUACGCCGGACCGUUCGACUGUUUCCGCCAGUCCAUACAAUCCGAUGGCUUUCGCAGUCUGUACCGAGGUAUCAGUGCGCCUCUUGUCGGCGCUGCUGUCGAAAACAGCAGUCUGUUUUUCAGCUACCGAAUAGCAAAGAACCUGCUACAGUCGACCGUUUAUACCUCUGAUCCGCUGCCCUUCAGUGGUCUGUUGCUCAGUGGUGCUUUGUCGGGUGCUUUUACAUCGGUUCUGUUGACGCCGAUUGAACUGGUCAAAUGUAAAAUGCAAGUCCCCAGCAGCACUGCUACCGUCAAACCAGGCCCGUUGAAGAUCAUAGCAACCGUCUUUCGACAUCACGGCAUGUUUGGUCUUUGGCGAGGACAGAUGGGCACGUUGAUUCGAGAGACGGGAGGUUCGUCAGCUUGGUUUGGAAGUUACGAAGCUGUGUCUGCUCUUUUUCGAAGGUCGUCAUUAGCCUCUGACUCUUCAGAACCAGCGCCUUUAGCAUUAUGGCAGCAAAUGGUCGCCGGCGCCGCUGCUGGCGUCAACUAUAAUUUUAUAUUCUMCCCCGCCGACACUAUCAAGUCGCGCAUGCAGACCGAAGAAAUCUCGGUCCUGUCCGCAAACCGAUCAUUCUGGACAGUCGGGAAAUCGGUCUGGCAACACGAGGGAUUAAAAGGGCUGUAUCGUGGCUGCGGUAUCACCGUUGCACGAUCUGCGCCCAGUUCAGCGUUUAUUUUCGCUAUAUAUGAGGGAUUGAGCCAUUAUUUUCGUUAG